AUGUCUGAGAGAAGAGGACCCAAGGCGCUGGAGCUGUGGUGCCGGAGGAUCACCGAAGGGUAUCCUGGAGUUAAUGUUCAAAACAUGACGACCUCUUGGCGGGAUGGGCUGGCCUUUUGCGCGAUGAUACAUCACUUUCGGCCGGACCUCAUAGAUUUCUCGAGCUUAAACAAGGACGACAUUUAUGGAAACAACGAGCUGGCCUUCAGAACUGCUGAGCAGCACUUGGGUAUUCCUGCCCUCCUGGAUGCCGAGGACAUGGCCUCGUGUUCCGUUCCUGAUCGGCUUUCGAUCCUGACCUAUCUUUCACAAUUCUAUCAGCAAUUUGGAGGAUCGUCGCCGAGCAGACUUGCCAGAAGCAGAACACCCGAUAGCUCGGCCCAGAAGAUUACACCUGCUGAUUCCCCGGCGUCUAAGGCAGUACCACGUCUGGGGAUGCGUCGGGAAUUCUGCGUAGUCUGCAAACUACCGGUGUUCCUCGCGGAGAAGCUAGUGAUAUCAAAGUCAACUUACCACCGAACGUGCUUCAGGUGCGCAAGGUGUCACAACCAAUUGACACCUUGCAGUUACUACGAGACCGAGGAAGGCCAAUACUGCUGCGAGACUUGUCCUGACGAAGAUACGCCCGACGUCAGCAUAUACCCGAUCCCAGACCAGCCCCAGGACCUGGAGCAGGACCUGGAUCUAGUCCAAGAUCACGACCAGGAUCUAAACUACCACAGGUCGCUGAGCGACGAGGAGAAACUGACCAAGUCAAAGGAUCUGACGUCGUCGCGGAUCGCUUCUUUGCGUCUGAACUUCAUGUCCAGUAGCUUGCUGGCUGAUGACCAAGACCAGGACCAGGACCAGGAUCAGGAUCAGGAUCAGGAUCAGUCUUUAGAACCCAAAGAUGUCAACGUAUCCCCAGACAAAAAGCAUCCCCAUGGUCUCGAACCAGAGACCAAGGAUAUAAAUUUACAUUCCAUGACAUCUAGAACAAAUGAUAAAGUUGUAAAUAACUCUAACGGUGAUAGCGAUAGUGUUAAAGUUAACCGCUGCCUUACUGCCACGUCCGAAUCACUAGAUAAGGAUUCUGUAAUUAAUGUUGAUGAUUAUUUUAUUGUUAAUGAUAAGAAUAAGAGUAAGGAUGAGGUUAAGAACCAGGAUACCAAAGAGAUGGUUGGCGAAACUGGUACCGAAGUUACUCAGUGUCUUUCAAUUGUUCAGAAAAGGCUGAAAUUAUUUCAAGAUUUAGUUGAUAGUAGCAAUGUUAGUAUUAAUGAUGAUGAUGAUGUAGAUGAAAGCAAAGAAGAAGAAGAAGAAGGUGUGUCAGGUGCAUCACGAAUAGAGCCAGACUCACUGGAUGGUUUUACACUCACCGAGGAUAAGUCGGUGUCGCAAGAGGUUGCUAAACCCGCAAAUGCCAAGGCUGAUUUAUCAACAGAGGAUCAACAGUACCCGGACGAUAUGAAUCCGUUUAGGAGUGACGAUGAGGCUGAUGGUAAUCCUGAAAGGUCGACCAAUCCUUUCGGUAGUGAUAGUGAUGAUGAUGUUGAGGAGGAGCCGCCGAAGCCCAAAGCGAGAAGUCCCAAAAGGCUACUCAAGGCUCCGGUUAAUCCGUUCUUGAGCGAUGAGGAAGAGGAGUAUAAGUUGGACGCGCCGGUUCCUAAGCCUAGGAGCAGUUCUAAUUCGAAUAGGUUGAGCAAGGAUGGGUUUUACGCUUCCAGUAGUUCGCUGGGUAGUUCUACUGGGUACAGGAAGCGCAGGCCUGCUCCACCACCACCGGGGGCUACGCCAGAGAAAAAUGACUCAGGAAUCCGGACUCCAAGGCCGCGCAAAAGCAAGCCAGCACCGCCUCCUCCGAUGGCAACGAGCUCUCCGCUUGCAUCAGGCCUGGAGAAGUUGUCAUUGACCAGCGAGUCUUCGAUAGCCUCCACAAACAGUAAAGCGAAGAUAGAUAUGAAUAUCAACGCUGAAGAAUCCCUAAGCAAACUCGACAUCAAUGUCACCGAGAAUGCCGAGAGAGGAAUUGACUCGUGGGAGGACAUAAAGGUGUGCAAAAACGAGGCCAACCGAACAAAGCAGUCACUGUCUAGGUCGGAGAGUGGGCAAGAUUACACCAGGUUCGACAAGAGCUCCCACGGAAAGUGGAAGCGCAAGAAGGCCCAAGCGCCUGCCAGGCCGAUUCCUCAGAGACGGAAAAUCCGCGUGAUGUCGAUGAAGGACGUUAAGAUGGAGCUUGCGGAGAUCGAGAUGCAGCAGCUGGGUCUGGAGAAGCAGGGUGUCAGGCUAGAGCAGCUGAUUCGCAAUAAAUGCGAGAAUGAGGCUAGUUCAGAGAAAAAAGACUCGGGAGAUAAUAUGAAAGACAACAAUGACACCAGCUUGAGUAUGGACGCUGAUGAACUGGUGCUGGAGCUAUUUGCUCUGGUUAAUGAGAAAAACGAGCUCUUCAGGCGGCAAGCUGAACUGAUGCUGCUGAAGAGGCAGCACCGCUUGGAGGAAGAGCACGCGGAUAUUGAAUAUCAAAUACGGUGCUUGAUGUGCCAGCCCGAGGCCACUAAAACUGACUUUGACAAGCAGCGGGAGGAAGCUCUUAUUCAAAGGCUUGUUGAGAUUGUUGAGAAGCGCAGCGAAAUUCUAAAAAAGGAAGCAACGAAGAGCAAAAAACGCACAAAGGAAAGAAAUUAAAAUUAAAGGAAAAAUUCCACAUAAAAGAAAAACACUUACUAAAAAAAGGUCACAAAAAAGACGCUGAUAAAGAUGUCGACGAGACUGAAGUUAAAGUUAAACGCCAAAAUAAACGCAAAUGGUUUUAA